AUGACACGAAUAUGGCGAUGCUUCUCUACCACUGCUCGGCGCCUUGAGAUACGAGAUCUGGCAGAACUACCAGUGAGGGUGCAUCCCCAGGUCAAAGAGACGAGCAACCACGACCUCCUCGCGCUCCAAUGGCCCUCGCCGCCUCGCAACAUCCUACUUGUCCGCAAAGAUGACGAUACGGAGGUCCAGAAUGCUCUGGUUGAGUACGUCCAUCACAUCAGGUCUUCGUACCCAGACAUUGCCAUAGUGUUUGAGCGCUAUGUCGCCGAGCAAAUACAUCAGACUUUCAACUUCCCAGUCUACGCGCCGGUCAACGAGAACUCGAAUGCACUGUACCAAGAGAAGAUCGAUCUCACUUCAACACUCGGCGGAGAUGGGACAAUACUGCACGCUGCCUCUCUCUUCGCCACUGCGCCGCGUGUUCCUCCUGUGCUCUCCUUCAGUAUGGGCACGCUUGGCUUUCUCGGUGAGUGGAAGUUCCACGAGUACAAGCGUGCCUUCAGGCAAGUAUAUGUGUCUGGUGCUCCCUCUCCGUUGAAAAGUACGGACGAGGCGGAGACUUCUGUCACCAAGCCUGGGGCGCUGCAAGCAUGGUCAAACAUUAAGGGCAAGUCUAUGGGCCAUACUCGCUCCUCCCGCAUCCUCAUGCGCAAUCGCCUCCGCAUCGGCCUCUUCGACGAGCAUGGCCAAAGACUACCGCAUGAGCCACCGUUCGCUCACCGUGACCACGAAUGCGAGGACAUCUUUGCGUUGAACGAGGUCCUGCUUCAUCGCGGAGCACUGCCACAUCUAGCCAACAUCACCAUCCUCAUUGGCUCUCCGCCGCACCAGCGCAUCCUCACUACCGCGAUUGCCGACGGCUUUCUCGUCAGUACACCCACUGGCAGCACCGCUUACAGUCUCUCGAGUGGCGGCAGCAUCGUCCAUCCUCUGGUAAACUCGCUUCUCCUCACGCCUAUCUGCCCUCGCUCGCUCUCAUUCCGUCCUUUGGUCUUACCCGCCAACACGCCCAUCACUCUCCGGAUCGACGACUCCAAUCGUGGCAAGGAGAUCGAAGUCUCAGUCGACGGUGUUAGACGACAGCAAGGACUAAAGACGGGCAUGGAAGUGAGGGUCGUUGGAGAAGAGGUGACGAAGCCUGGCGAGGUUGGACAAGUCGCGAGUGUGACUGGUGGUGUGCCAAGCAUUGUCCGCUCCGGCGGCGCAGCUGAUGGCGAAGACCAUUGGGUUGGAGGGUUGAACUCGCUAUUAAAGUUCAACUAUCCAUUCGGCGAGGAUGGGUGA